UCGACGUUAGGCCCCACCGAAGGUCUCAUGCGACGGUAUAUAUAGCUUCACUUCCACCUGGUCCAACAUCAGACGCUUAGCAACCAACAGACAAACACCAGCAAGAUGAGAUCCCUCUGCCUGACGAUCGCCCUGUGCCUGGCCUGCCUGGCCGCCGCGGAUGUCUCCCAUUUGCCCAGCAGCUACUUGCCGCCACCAAAGCCGGAGCACGCCGUCUCGAUGAGCAUUGAGCAGCAGGAGCUGCGGGAGCUGCCCGAGCAGGUGGAGUACAUGCGGGAGAACGAGCAGGGAGUGAUGGAGGCCAUGCCCAGCAGCCUGCUGACACCACCCGCUCCAUUGGAGACGGAGCAAAUGGAUGCCAUGCUCUCCUCCCGCUAUCUGCCGCCAGCCCAGGCCCAGGUCCAGAUGGAGCAGCUCUCAGAGCCUUUGAUGAUGCAGCAGCCCCAGAUGGAGAUGAUGGCUCCCGUGCAACAGCCAGAGCAGCCACAGGUUGCCAGCCGCUACCUACCCCCUGCACCAGCAUCGGAACAGCCCCAGCAGCUCACCUACCAGCAGUACCAGGAGCAGAUGCAGAUGCAGGAACAGCAACAGCAGCAGCAGGAGCAGCAGCCCCAGAUGCAGGACGAGCAGAUGCCCUACUACAUGGAUGUGCAGCAGCCAAUGGCACCCACGGACGCCGAGGCAGAGCCAGAGCCAGCCCACGAGCUCCGCCCCGAUGGCUAUCACUACAAACAGGCCGAGGAGCAGCUGCGUCUGAGGCAUUAGGUCAUGGCAUGCCACGAGCAGCCUACAGCCUACAGCCAACAGCCAACAGUCCGUGACUCAAUCACGGGAUGACGGCAUCGAGCGGCUUGCGUCAUCCGCUUGUUGUUACAUUUUUAGCAUAGUUCUUAUAUAUUUGAUUAAAUUUCGACUUGGAAGAGAA